AAAUUUGGCGGUUUUUUCGAUAUAAUGACCGUGUAGGGGCGGGAAAGAAUACCCCUAUCGCAGAGGGCACUGCGUGUCGUAAGAGGCGACUAAACAACUGCAGGUCGGACGCAAGUCCGAUUGAUUGGAAAGUGUAUAAGAUAGGUGCAGAUGAAGUAAGUUUCAGUAGUUUCAAACGUCUAUUGGUGUGUGCAGUGUGUGCGUUUCCAUUUUCAUGUUGUGUUGAAUGUAUUUCGUUCAUCUAUAUAGCCGAUGGAUAAGUACCUAAUUACUUGUGAGUUUUGUAUGCGCCUUUUUGUAGAAAAGCUCUUUGACUGUUGAGCAAACAUAGUAGGUAUGGUAUUCGUUCCUUAAUUGGAAUAAAAAGUGCUUUUUAUGUUCUUUCGCGCCUAGGUACCAUCUUUCCAUGCCAUUUAACUUGUUAAGCAACACAAGUGUAAUCGUAUCUGUUGUGCGGUAUAGAUCUUUUUUUUGGUCCACAAGAAAAUUUCAUAGAGCCUUAAUUGACUUGCCUAUUUGAAUUGCUAAAUACCUACCUACUGCCGGCAGUAGAUAUCACAAACUAGCACCAACACCUACGAAUGAUUUACCAUAUAGCCAUUAAUUGCCGAUUUAAUCAUAUUCCCUUAUCAACUGAUAAGAUUAAAGCAUUUAUAGUAGCGUUUCAACAAUACCAUAUUUGUUUAUAUCGUGCUUGCUUUACCAUGGGGUUAACGUCAAGCCUACCUGGAAGGUUAACAGAAGAAUUAUUAGAGGAUUACCUACAACUCACGUAUCUCACUCGAAACGAUAUUGUUAAAUUGGUAAAGAAAACCAUGUUGGUAAGUCCAGAUUAUGAAACUUUAAAUCCACAUCAUAGAUACGACUUGGACACAAUCAUAAGCCUAUUACCCGAAUUAAAGUACAAUCCUUUUAGGGAUCGGAUACUAAGAAUUUUUUCCAGUGAAAAAGAUGGUCGUCUCUCGUUUGAAGAUAUGUUGGAUUUGUGCUCUGCAAUGAGCGAAAAUUGUCCUUAUGAGGUCAAAGCUAGGUGGGCGUUUCAAAUUUAUGAUUUUAAUGGAGACGGAUCUAUUGAUGCUGAAGAUAUCGGAAUUAUGGUUGAUAGGUUAACAAAUGGAAAGAUUAAUAGUGAGCUGGAUAAAAGUCACAUUGCGAACGUUUUACUGAAAGCCAUUAACUUACAAAAAAGUGGGAGCAUCAAUCAGUUGGAGUUCGAACAUGCUAUUGGAAAGAUGCCAGAUUUUGCCAGCACAUUUUCUUUUAAAAUUUGAUUGUUCGACUGUUAUAUAGUCAAUAAAUGUUUAGCAGAUUUCAUCUUU